CUCGAAUUGCAAGCCAUAUUCGUCUACUUUCUGACCUGCCUGUCUAACUACCUCUCCGCGCCAGCUCAGAAGUUCUAGUCCUAUGUGCCUAGAUUGUUUGCUACUUACACUAAUCAUAUCUGAUCACGUCUUCAAAGACGGGCACCAUCCAUUAUGUCGGGCGGCUUCGUAAUACCAGGGCUCGGCGAAGCAAAACCCAAUGAAACGCUUCCAGUCGCCAGCUUCGCUUCCGAGGCGUUCCCUAAGACAGGCUCCGAAACAGAACAGCUUUCUGCCACAAAUCAAGCGGGAGAUGAUAAGCCAGCUACUGAAGAUGCCAUGAAUGUGGAUUCAUCUCAGCCUCCCGAGCCCACCCACGCCGCCGGCACAAGCACCUCUGCGGCCCUUGAGGUCAACGAGGAUUCGAUGGACGUCGACAACAGCACACAGGGCGCAGCUGCUAUCCAGGCCCCAGCAGUAGCACACGAAUUUCAAAGCGACCAGUCUCACCUAGCGACAGCCGCACCAGUUGCCGAUAAGAAUACAACUCAGACAACCGCCAACCCGCGGGCUGAAGAGGCCAACGAUAGCAUCCAAGACUCAGCACACGUGACAGACGCUCUCGACGCAGCGCUGCUCGCAAUGUCCCAGCCCAAGCCGGAGGAUCUGGGACCGACUACGGAAGCAAUAGUACAAGCCCAAGCGCCCAUAACAACCACCGAGCCAGUUGCGCAAGAGGGUGCUGCGGCGGAGUGGGAAGCAGAUUCAUCUCCAUAUGAGUCUUCUAGCGACUCUAGCAGCUCAGACGACUCCUCAGAUGACGACUCGGAGUCCGGUGCUAUGGGUCUGGAGGAAACAGUCCGCAUGCUCAUGGCGAAUGGCGACGACUCGGACGCCGACAGUGAUGCCGGCGGUGACGGCAAGAACGGCGGCAAGGGCCGCCAGGUGCGGUCUAAGAACGAACAGCCUGACUGGGUCCCUCCAAAGCCUGAGGUCACUAUAACCGAAGAUAUGGAGAUUUUGCCUUUGGGCUCUAUAUUGAGGAUUGUUGGCAACACGGUGUUGAUUCAAUCUGGAGAUGACGGCGAGGAACGAGUCUUGGACAUUGAGACCGCAGUCUGCCGUGCCGAUAGGUCAAUCAUUGCGGCUAUUGCCGAUGUCAUCGGUUCCGUGCUUCGUCCUAUGUAUAUCCUUCGAUUUGCAACAUCUGAGGAUGUAGAAAAGGAAGGUCUCACCACGGAUAUGCCUGUGUUCUACUCCCCUCAACACGCACAGGUGGUCCUGACAAGAGCCUUACGCCAGCAAAAAGGAUAUGACGCUAGCAACCUACAUGACGAGGAGAUUCCUAUGGAGGAUCAGGAGUUCUCUGAUGAUGAACAGGAGCAGGCGCACAAGCGGCAGCAAAAGAUGAAGAAGAAGAACAACCGCGGUGGUGCUCGGGGUGGCCGUGGAGGCGCGCAGAGCCGAGAAAUGGGCUCUGGUCAUCAUGGUCCAUCAAGCGGGGCGGCAGCGAGCGCCGACGUCGGGCUGAACUAUGACGACGAUGAUGACGGUCCCUACAAGCCUCUCUCCAGGCCGGCGAACUUUGGUAUGGGUGCUCCCUCAUCGUCUGAAGGAGCUACUGGUAACGAUCGUGGCGGAGAACGAGACAACUUCCGUGAUCGUGGUCGAGGGCGCGGUCGUGGACGAGGCGGCUUCAGAGGUGGACGUGGAGGAAACGGCGGAGGAUACUCGAACGGCUACUCAAAACAACAGCAGGACCGUUAUCCAAACUAUGAUCAACAGCAGCAACAAGCCCCCCAGUCGCAACCUGCAGCUCCUUACCAGUGGAUGCCACCUCCACCACCGAUGACGUUCAAUGCUGGGUCGCAACAUGCUCAACAAGGAGGCGCCGCCAUGCCGUUCGCAUUUCCCCCUUUCCCUCCGCCGGCGCACCAGUUUGGCGGAAACCCUCCACCAGCACCACCCAUGGGACAGCAUGCUCCGCCUGUUGCGCCUCCUGUUGGCCAACCUCAAGCAAAUUGGCAAGCGAUGGCAGCGUUGUAUGCCAACCCGGCGUUCCAGCAAGCCCUUAGACAAGCGCAGCAACAACAACCGCCACAAGGCCAGCCAGGUUGGGGUCAAGGCCCGGGUGCCCCCCGGUGAUGUCGCAUUUCACGAAGACAAGUGCUUGACUUUGGAAGAAAAAAAAAAGCACAGGACAGAUGGCGCAACGGAAGUUGUACAUACAUUUCUUGUUAGAAUUAUACCCCGAAAGUUUUCAGCUUCUAGAACCAAGACCUGUUCUAGUUCGCCGUGAUGAAAUUCU